AUGGGAGAGAAGAAUUUCGAAGCCAAUUUAGAAAUGAUGAAUGCAACACUUGAUGACAAAAUCCGAACAAAACUAAGCAAACUGGACGAAAAAAUCACAAAUAAUGUUAAAGAUAUGAGGGAAGUGUCUGCAAAAAUUGAUGGCAAAUUCCAAACAAAACUGAGCAAACUGGACGAAAUAAUCACAAAUAAUGUAAAAGAUAUGAACGAAGUGUCUGUAAAAAGUCACACCACGGAGAAGUUGAUAAGUACCCAGCAGAAAGAAAUAGAAGCUUUAAAAGAAACUCAAUUUAAAACGUUCAGUGAAGCACGUGCCCAUUGUAAGUGUCUAGGAGCAACCGUGUCUGACAUUGAAAAUGAAGCUGAGAAUACUGGUAUCGUGAGUUUUAUUGGUAAACGGGGUGAGUGGAUCGGUUAUUUUGACGAGAAGGAGGAGGGUACUUGGAUAUCAGAAAGAACUGGUCAACUUGCAUCAUUCACAAAGUUUCAUACCGGUCAACCCGAUGGAGGUACUCGUCAGAAUUGUGUUGUGAUCGAUGGCUUUUCACGUGCAUGGUAUGACCGGCCAUGUGACACAAGAUACAGAUUUCUUUGUAAAAAAGAUGCCAAGAUAGAUUUUAAGUUGUGA